GGGCGGGGCUUGUGAAACAAUGCUGUGUUUCAUUGCUGAGGAGGACGCGUCAGGGGUUUUCUCUCCCCACCGAGUUAUUCCCCCCCAGUUUACCUUCGGACCAGCCUGUAAUGGACUACUCCAGUUUUUCCAGCGGCCUGGAUGAAUUUUGAGAAAGGUCAGCAGUAUGGCUGAGAAGGAGUCCGAAUCGCCUGGGAAACUAAAGACACUAUUAUAGCCAGAAUUGGCUUCUAUUAUUAUUAUUUUUAAAUUUCCUGGACCUAUCCGAACGGACGCAUUUUUCUGCAACAACUUUCCCAUCUGUGGAUAAUGGAUGGCAGAGAUUUCGGUCCUCCUCGAUCCGUCCACGUCCCCCCGCCGCUGCUGGCGGGGCUCGCCAUGGAGCCUCACCGACUCGGAGCAGCGGCGGCGGCCGGGAGGAUCCAUCCCUCGCCCGGCCACUUGGGCGCGAGCCACCCGCCGCCUCUCCACUCCGGGAAAUUUCUCCCAUCGGCCAUUAACCUACAUUCACACCACGGUGAGGCCUUCCCGACAAGCUCCGGUCCCUUCCUGUCAGGUUACCCAGGCCCCUCCUCAUUGACCUCUGACCCCGCGUAUAGGUCGGCCAAUCCCAGCGGUCUGCAGAUGGCUCAGCUCUGGGCGUCGCACGCUCACGAAGGCUACCCUCCCCUCCCAAGCAGCCUUUACUCCAGUCCCUACUUGUCUCUGGGCCGCCUGGAGACGUCCUCGCUCUCCCAGCAUCCUCUCUAUGAUCCUCACAAAGAUGGAUACUUCCUGACGUCCUCAUUGAGCCAAUCACCUCUGCACCCUCCAUCUGCGUCCUCGGCCGCCCCUUCCAGCGCCACGCCUCCCCAGAGGACGUCCCGGGACGGGGUCAGGGACAGGACGUAUCGGACAGAGAGGGAGCGGCUGCGCGAAGAGCCGCGGCCGCACAGCGUGGUGGACCUGACGCAGGAGACGCGAGGCGAGGACGACCGCAAGGCGAGCAGAGACCGGGACCGAGACAAGGACCAUGAGACGGACAGAGAGAGGGACGGUUGGUCCUUCCAUCCUCACCAGCAAAAGUUACACUCCUCCCACCCUUUGGCGGUGGAAAACCGAUCCAGACUGUCGCCUCCACAACCCUCUUUCCCUCUCAGUGAGGGCCGGUUCCUCGGUUCUGAGAAAGACCGAAGGGGUCGGGAAGAGGAGGGCGCUUCUCGACCCCACCACUGCCAGAACUCCAACAACUCCACCUCUCUUUCCGAGCGACAGCGGAGGAACGAGUCCGUGGCCACGGCGGCUGGGACCCUGCACGGCUCCUACGUCCUCCCCCCGCCGUUACAGCAGCCCGGCGCCGGUCUUCCCCACCUCCCCACACCCAGAGAGCAGCGAGUCAGCGCGCCCACGUAUGUGCCUUCUGUGGAGGUUUACGAUGAGCGGGUAGGGCCCAUCCAGAUCGCUUCACAGGCCCGGGACAACAAACACAGAGACAGAGAGGUUGAACGAGACAGGGACAGGGACAGAGACAGAGACAGGUCUCACGAGAAAAGCCUCAUGGAGCAUCCUCGGCUCUCCCAGUCAAGCGAAACGAGCAAUCAAAGAGAAGAAGGUUCCGUCAUUUGCUCCAACGGUUCUCUCAGUAAACGAAGCCAGGACGCAUCUUUCUCCUCAGGCCGAUCACGCUUCAGUCCAGAAACCAGGGACCUAUCCAAACACUCGCUCAGAGUCGGCAUCGGGUCAGAGUCUAAGUGGAACGCCAUGACCCCGUCGGCCCACUACGCCACCAAUCACAUGGCCGCUUUGGCGGCCCAGCACAGUCACAAUCUCUCCGCUCCCCACAGCCAGCCAUCGCAGACGCAGAAGUCCAGUUCCCCCCACUCGUCGCAUCGACCCAGCAGCUCGCAGUCCUCCCACAGUCACUCGCCACAAACGCACGGACAUGGGCGCGCGGCCGAGGAUGGCAGCCAGAGGCGCUACCUGGACCAGUCGGGGCUUUUUCGGCCUGCAGCGUCCACCGGUGGAGAACACCCGGACUCGGCGGAGGUUUCGGCCAUGCAGAGUUUGAUUAAAUACAGCGGGAACUUUGCCGCCGAGGGGCCCACGUCUUCCAGGCACAUCAUCGACGGGAGGGGGCCUUUCGGCGGUCUGGGGAACAUGGUGACGGGUGCCGAGAGGGAAAAGGAAAGGGAUCGGGACAAGGAACGAGCGCUGAGGGUCCCUCCUCAGCUGAAGAGGGAACAGGAGCGGCCAGACAGCGCCCGCUCCUUCGGCAGAGAGGGCGAGGGCGAGGUGCGACACCCUCCUGUCGGGAUCGCCGUUGCUGUGGCACGGCAGAGAGACAGCGGGAGCUCCAGUAAGCAAACCAGCGGAGGCUCCGACACACAGAGACCCCUGCUGCAAACGGCUAUCAAAGACGAGGAUCGAGGGGAAGAGCGCGCUCGCCACCACGAUGACCGACUGCUGGCCGGCCGGCUGGAACGAGAGCAAGAGAAAGUCAUCAGAGAGUCCAAGAAUCACCCUGAGUUCACUCAGAUGGGCCCCGGCCCGCUGUCCGGCGGCCUGACACCUAGCAUGAUGACGCCCAGCCUCAUGACCCCCAACCUCAUGGUCACAGGAGGGGCUGCUCUCGCAGGGGCAGGGCGGUGGCCUCCCGACCCCUCAACCCUGACCUCUCACCCCUGGAUGCCGCGGCCCGGAGCCCCUCCAGUCUGGCUCUCCGGCUCUCCAUACGGCCUGGGUCCCUCCCCGCUCCACCAGACCCUCCCCCCGGGCUACCCGCCCUCUCUGCCGGGCUCCAUGCCUCCUCCCUACCAGUUCGCCAGGGACCCGCAGUCUGGCCAGCUAAUCGUCAUCCCCACUGAACACCUGCCGCAUUACGCAGGAGGCGACGUGCUGGAGCGCGGCGCCCCGGUGUGGUCGAGCGUGUACGGGCCGAGCAGUUCGCUGCAGCACGCGGCGCAGCUGCAGCUGCUGUCCCAGCAUCAGAUGCUGCGGCAGCAGGAGCUGUUCAUGAUCCAGCAGCACACGGCGCAGGUCCUGGAGCUGCAGAGGAACGCGCAGAUCGUCGAGCGCCUGAAGGCCAGUGAGCACCGGCCGGAGAUCGAAGACAAAGUCGACAAGCGGAACGCCGACCUGAAAACCCGACCCUCCUCCAUAUCCUCGCCGUCGCCCUCACCUGUGCUCCAUCCUCGCAAGCCCCGUCCUCCCUCCCGAUCUCCAACGCCGUCCACGUCCUCCCUCACCCCUCUGCCUCCGACCCCCUCCCCGGUGACCACGCUGAAGUCGGAGGGAGGACACAGAGUCCUGUCUCACGCACCGAAGCUCCUGCCUCACCCGACGUCUCCACGCUCGGCCUCUCCGCCCCCGUCCUCGCCGCGGCGACCCAAACAGGAGGACGGGGAGGCGGGAGUGAGGGAGCAGAGAAAAAAGUCGACCUCCACACCCUUUGAAGACAUCUAUUCUGAUCUGCCUCCAGGUUAUGCUUACCAAUCCAUCACUGCGCCGUUCGGAUCCUUCCCGCCUUAUCACGUCCCGGCAUCGGCAGCUGAAAACCCGGAGGCACAUCGAUCCUGCUCUCCCCCUGCCGCUGAUCCUUUAGCUUCGUCUCACCACGAUUCCAGGGCUUUGGAUGCAGAGAUCAAGCCCCAGAGCCUGGAGUCCCCGAAGGCGCGGUCUUUCCUUAAACGGGAGCCCUGCGAGGAGCUCCCUCAGCCGGAUCUGAGCCGCACCACCGACCGGGCCACCGAGGACGACGAGGUGGACAGGCAAGCCCCAAAAACUCCCAGUCCUCUGAUUCCACCAGGUGAAAACCAGCGAGAAGUGAGGAAGGAAGAGAAGAACAACGGCGAGAUUAAGACGGAAACGUCGUCCAACGCCUGUCAGGCGGUGGAGGCCUCGCCCUCUGCUCCUGCAGAAGACGAGCCCAAACCAGAACUUAUCCAGGAAGCAGAACUGGCACCAUAUCACCAAUCCAUCUCUGCAGAGUCAGACAAUCAAGAAGCGCCUCAGAUGUGUGUGUCGUCAGACCAGACGGCCGUGUGUGAACAGGUUCCGCCCGACGACGCCUCCGACUCCUUUCCUCCUUGCCUGGAGGAAAUUACCCACGAGCCUCCCGUCCUCGGCUCCCCGCUCCCGCUGCUCAUCCGCUCAGAGGACCCCAUGGGGGGCAUGCUGGCCCUGCUGACGGCCAGCGAGUUGGCCCAAGCCCGGCCCAGAACCCCACCCACCCUGACGCUCGAAGGCCAGGUGGAGGAUCCCACUUUUGCUUCCGCCUGCAGCAGCGCCGCCGCUCUGGAGAUGGUGGCUCUGGAAGGCAUGGCCCUCCUCGGCCAGAUGGCUCACAACGAGGCGGAGCUUGUUUUCCGCACACAAGAUCUCACAUUAGACAGCCUGGACUGUCUUCUUGAAGCGAGCAGACACGUUUUACUGGAGGCAAUAGAAAAGCAGUCCCACAUCGAUCUGCCGAGAACUCUGGACCCCGACAAGAAGUACAGCUGGAGGCAGAGGAAGGAAGAGCCGCUGUACAGCAAGAUGGCGGUGGACAUGUUGGACGCCGUCGAGGUGGAAUACCGUGUCCGCCUGGCCGAGUUGCAGAAGACGUACAAGGAGAAGCAAAGGGAGAUGAGCAAACUGCAGCGACGCAGGGACAAGAGAGAGAGGCAGCAGCAGGAGGACGAGAGGAGGAGUCUCACCAGGCGUGGCAGAGGACGACCCAGGAAAAGGAAACAUCUGCCCACAACUACCAAACAGGACAGCAGGCCUGGAAAGGCGGGUCGAACAGUGCAAUACUCUGAGGACUCUGAAGCAGGGGAAGGACAGGGGAAGAGGUUCCGACUGUCCAGAGACGACGAGGACACGGAAACCGGAACUGGAGGAGAGAAGAAGAAGAAGAAGAAAAAGAAGAAGAGCUGGAACGACCAGGAGCCGUCCAGCGCUCACGUUCUAGAGGCCAUGAAAGCGAAGCGCGGUCACCUGUGUGAGCAGGAGCAGCUGGCCUCCGACCUCGACAGAGCGCUGUCGCUCUCGCAGCUCGGCUCCCUCGGCGGCCCUCGCAAGCUCACCUCCGGCUCCAGGUCGGACAAGUCAAAGGACAGAUGCUCCGAAAGCGGGCUGAAGGAGCGAGGCGCUCUCUCCUCCGUCAAAGCCGGGAAGCUCAAGAUGGCCACCAAAGCUUCAGCUGCCGAGACCGUCCGAAAGGUGAAAGGUCAGAAGAAGUCCAUGUUUUCUCCGGUGAGAUCGGAGAUCAGCAGCUGCUCCAACAAUUCAGACUCAGAGGAGCUCGUCUCUUCUCGAGGACGCUGGCUUCCUCACUCGGGGACGCGUCCCCACGACGGCUCGUCCAGAAAGAGGCGCUCGGCGGCGUCGCCGACCUCCCUGCUGCCCGCCCAGAAAUCAUCGAGGAAGAAACACAAGCACUUAUCCCUGCUGCUGGAGGAGGCGGGCCUCAGCUCCUCCGACGACGACUCCUUCGACCAAGAGACCUCAGAGGAUGAAGAAGAGGAUGAGUCGGAUUCGGACGAUGAUGACGGCGAUGAGGAUGAUGGCGGCUGUGAGGAGAGCGGACUGGGUCUGCUGGCCAGGUUUGCGGCCAGCGCCCUCCCUGUCAGCCCGCCCCAGUUGAGCCUCGUCCAUGACGGAAAACACUGUAGCGGCAGGCAGAGCAUGCUGGGUUCACCCGAGUGCGAGUGGUCCGAUUCCGGCUCGGACUUGAGGCAGAGGAAGUUUCCCUCCCUCCUGCACGGGCGGCGCUCCGCCCCCGAGCUCCCCCACCUGCCGCCGGCGACCCGCCGAGGCGACCAGCCCAGCCCCACCAAGCGAGACGAAGCACUGCCGGUCAAGCGAAAGCCUCUGACGAAAGCCCGCCCCUCGCCUCGAUCUCCGCGGAGAUUCAGCUUCGACCUCUCCGCCGGCGUCGGGGGCUUCAGCGAGGACGAGGGCUGGAACCGGCGGCGCAGCGAGCGGAUCUUCCUCCACGACGCCAGUCAGAUGUCCGUGUCGACGUCUUCCUCCACCAGUCAGAGCUCCUCAUCCUCCGCCUCCGCUCCGCCUCUCACCCCGAAGCCGUCCUCCAAACCGAAAACCCCUCCUGCGGUCCGAGAGGGAAAAGACAUGAUAAAAAAAAAGAAGCAGAAGGACCCUUCUGUGCCGGUCAGCCCGUCCACUUUGUGCAGUCCUGUCUCUGAUGGGCCAGCGCCUCUAAGCCCGGCACAUAAAAGCCAAUCUAAAGGCAAAAACAAAGCAAGGGAGCCGUCCAGGGGCGCCGUGAGCCGGCUGAUGGAGAGCAUGGCGGCAGACGAAGACUUCGAGCCGAACCAGGACAGCAGCUUCAGCGAAGAUGAGCUCCUCCCGCCACGAAACAGCAGCGUCUCCGAGAGGUCGUCCACACCCGCUCCAGUGCAGUGCGUGUUGGAUAAGGACUCCCUGGUGGACGGGCUCAGAGUUCUGAUCCCGAUGGACGACCAGCUUCUCUACGCAGGACACGUCAACACCGUACACUCCCCUGACAUAUACAGUGUGGUGGUGGAGGGGGAGCGAGGCAACCGACCGCACAUCUACUGCUUGGAACAACUGCUGCAGGAAGCUAUAAUCGACGUAAAGCCUCCGUCCGUGCGUUACCUCCCAGAGGGCACCCGGAUCGCCGCCUACUGGAGCCAGCAGUACCGCUGCCUUUACCCUGGAACCGUCGUCAACGGAAGCUCAGACAUCGAUGAGAACGACGAUCUGAUCACAGUUGAGUUUGACGACGGCGACACCGGACGCAUCCCGCUCUCCCACAUCAGGCUGCUGCCGCCGGACUACAAGAUCCACUGCGCAGAGCCGUCCCCUGCGCUGCUCGUGGCCGGCCCGUCCAGGAGGAGAGUGCGCAAAUGCAGCAAGGAGGUGGGAGCAAAGCCAGAGGAGACCACGCCCAGGAUCAAAGGGAAACCGGGCCGCAAGCCAAAACCCAAACCAGACGCCUCCAUAAAUCAAGACGGUCGGGAGAAAGCUGAUCCUCCACCCCCCUCCACCCAGUCCGCUGAGAGACCUCCAGCUCCAGCAAAACCGGCCCAGGACAGAACCUCCUCUGUCCAGAAAACUGCUCAGGAAAAGCCCCGCCCCGCGUCCCGACCCACCAUGGCCACGCCGGCCAAACCCGACCGAAAGAACUCCGCUGCGUCCUCCGCGAGCAGCCCCACUCUGCCCAGUCCGGUGCCCCGGAAGAGUGGCACGGCCCAGUCUCCCGUUUCCAAGCCGUCCCGGGUCCUCCCCUCUUCUCUCUACCCCUCCACGUAUGGGAAGGUUCUGACGGUGGAUCUGUACAGCGAGCCCAAUUUGACCUCUUACACCAACCAGCGGCGAGACAAAGAGAGCAGCAGCUCCAUCAGCCCCACCGCCAGCAGGCCUGCGCCCAGGCAUUCGAUCACCGUUUCCUCCUCUGCACCCAAACCCGCCGCUGCGUCCACACCCAGACCCGCCUCCGUCUCCUCGUCCAAAAUGAAAUCGGAUCAUCAGAGCAGAUCCAGCCUCGGCUCCGGACCGAUCCCCAGCCCCAUCUCCAGGCUGCCGACCGGCAAACCCAGUUCGUCCCUGACCCCCAGACCAUCGUCGGCGUCACUGACACCAGCUGGCACGCCCAAACCCAAACUGAAGAUCCCAUCAUCUUCAGACCAGAUGUCCUCCAGACCCAUUUCCAGGUCCAAGCCCAUCUCUGGACAGAGGAAGUCCUUGUCCGCAGAGCCCCUCGUCAAGCUGGACCACGAAGGCGUCACUUCCCCGAAAACCAAAAAGACCAAGGCUUUGAUGUUGCUGGAGGGACGCGACAUCAGGCGUGACCACGCCCCUAUCGCCACUUCCUCGGCCAACCAGAAGCUACUGAAGGCGAAGAUGAGAGGCCCAGAGAGGGCGACCAGUCUGCCUGAGAGGGAGUCUGCCUACAAGACCUCAGUCCUGGCUAAGGACCAGCUGGGGAGUCGGGGGGCUGGAGCUAGAGGACAGGAAGUGGGCGCUAGAGAAGAGAAGGCUAAAAAAGAGGAACAAAAGAAGAUGAGAAUGAAGGAGGAGUCUCAGAGCAGCAGCAGCUCCGAGUCAGAGGAAGAAGGGGAAAAUGGGAAGGUGAAGAAGAAGAAGAAGAAAUGCACCUCUAGCUGCUCGUCCUCUUCUUCGUCCUGCUCUGGAUCCUCCUCUUCGUCUUCUUCUUCGUCGUCCUCGUCGUCUUCGUCGUCGACUGAUGACUCGUCCUGCAGUUCAGAUGAGGAGAGGACCCCUACGCCGCCGCCUGGACCCCUGCAGAAAACCCCUACACAGGACAAACCUAAAGACAACAUCAAAGAGGAGGAGGAGGAGGAGGUGAAAGAAGAGGUGGAAAUCAAAAUGGAGGAGGAAGAGUUAUCUCCUCACUCAGACUCUCCCUCCCCAUCGAGUCCUCCAGUCUCAGCCGCUCCGGCUCCCAGUAAACCUACAAAGCCCGCCACCGGGAAGGGCUCCGGACAGAGGGGCCGUCCACCGAAACCGAAGCCAAGCGGGGAAGAGGGAAAGGCGGGGAAGCCCAAGAGGAGAGAGGGGGUCCACCUGCCCACGACGAAGGAGCUGGCUAAACGUCAGAGGCUGCCCAGUGUGGAGAACAGACCCAAGAUCUCUGCCUUCCUCCCGGCCAGACAGCUCUGGAAGUGGUUUGGGAAACCCACUCAGAGACGCGGCAUGAAGGGGAAAGCCAAGAAGCUCUUCUACAAGGCCAUCAUGCGUGGCCGAGAGAUGAUCCGCAUCGGGGACUGCGCCGUGUUCCUGUCCGCCGGGCGGCCCAACUUGCCCUUCAUCGGCCGCAUCCAGAGCAUGUGGGAGUCCUGGGGCAGCAACAUGGUGGUCCGGGUCAACUGGUUCUACCAUCCAGAGGAGACGAACCCUGGCAAGAAACUCACCGAUAAGAAGAACUGGGAUCAGAUGUGCGGUCAGUCUUUACCAGCGGCUCUGCACUCUUCCAUCCAGAGGAAAGACUUCAUGGAGCGCGCCCUGUACCAGUCGUCCCACAGCGACGAGAACGACGUGCAGACCAUCAGCCACAAGUGUUUGGUGGUGAGCGUGGAGGAGUACGAGCAGAUGAUCCACACUCGCCGCUACGCCGACAGCGAGGACCUCUACUACCUGGCCGGCACCUACGAGCCCACGACCGGGAUGAUCUUCAACACGGACGGCGUUCCGGUCAUCUGCUAGACGAGCUACUGAAAACCAAAUCACGACGCGACCUCAUGGGGAGUUCGGCCCAAUCUGCGGUCUGAUCACUGAUGUUAAUGUUUGUUUUUGUUUGUUUUGUUUGUUUUUUUUCUGAUUUGGAACCGUGACUCCGUGAACUGAACCGCUCCCAUACCAUGAUACACUUCAACAAAAAGAGACUGUCGAGGACAGCUCUGACUAUGGAGAUGGGGAAACACUACAGACAGUAUUAAAAAACAAACAAACAAACAAUUUGAAAAACAAAGGACCGGUCUCCUGAAGCAUUUGCACACACAGACGUCGUUAUCCCACUCUGUUCUUGGGGGACAAAGGCAUGACUACUUCCUAUUGCGUGUAAAUAUCUCCCCUGCAGAAACAAACACAUACUGUAUGUAAACUCACACGUGUACAAACACAAUGUAAAUACUUCCCCUUAUGUAAGAGACGCAGGUAUCUAGAGGAAAGUGUAGGUGUUUUUAUUUUCGUGUGAUAGAUUUAUGUCAGAGUACUUUCUUUCUGAUGAGGUAAACAGUAAAGAAGCUUUAACGAACUGUGAAUGAUGAAACAGGAGGGGGGGGCACAUGCCUGUUGGCCCUGUAUGGGUGGUGGGGUAAAGCUGGUGUGAUGUUGUGAUUAUGAUGUUCCCGUGGUGAUGUUACAGUCCUGUUUCAGUCGUAUAAAUGUGUGUACAGAACAGCAGGAGCAACAGACGCAAAGAAAGAAAUGCACAGAGAGAUGAGAGGAAGACUCCUACCAUCGCAAUCCAACAGAAAGCACUUAGAAACACUUAAAAGUCUCGUUUCCUGAUAUUUAUCCCCCCGCAAAUCCCCCGCCGUCCUCCUGACAAUCGGAGCUCAGGGCGAAGCGUCCCUGCGCUGUUGAAAUUUGACUCCCUCGUUAACUCAGGCUAAGGAGAGGAAGAGAUGCAUCUUUGAAAGCACUUCUCUUUUUUUUUUCUUUUUCUUUUUUUUUUUCCUUUUUUGAGGGGUUGGGGGGGAUUUCUCUUUGUACAUGUGUACAAAUCCACACUGAAACACUCUAUGAAAGGACACCAGCUGCAGUCGGAGGAUCACAUUUACCCAUUUUUACACCCAUGUUCAGCAUUGCGUUUCUGCACUGCUGUAAAUUAGUAGGCAUGGGUUGGUAUCAGAUUCUCCUUGAGUAGAUAAAAAAAAAAAAGGUUUCACUUUAUUUAGCAAAAAUUUGUAAAACCCAAUAUAGCCGAUUUUAUUUAAAGCAGAAAAAAAGCAUUUAUUCCUGCUGUUUCUAAAACAGUAUAACCUGAGUGAACUCGGUCCCCCCACCUACUUCAAAUCAGACAAAUUUGUUGUCAAUAGUAUAAUAUAUGAACUUAUAAUUUUCUGUGACAUUUAUUACUUUGAUUUUAAUACUUAACCAAAAUAAAGAAUGAGAAAUCGCUGAAAUUUAGCUCUUUAAAAUAUUUUUGCAUCCCAUUUAGUUAUUUGUGGAGCACCACAAGUUUAAGAAGCUGAUAUGAGCUUUUUAACAACUUGGACUGUUUGGGUCGCUAGCCUGCAAUCUGCUGCUUUACAGCGGCAGCUUGUCAAGUGUAGCAUGACUUACAAACUAUCUGUGAGUGGCUUCUCAGCUCUCAAAAGAUUUUAUUUUCUUACAUUUUUCACCACAAAAGAGAGAAAUGUAGUCAUAUUCAGUAAAGUUUAUAACUCCAUCAUUACAUGACACAUUUAUAGAUAAGUUAAACUUGUUUUCAACUAUUUAUUUCUGGUAAGAUCAUUUUCUACCUAAAGCCGAUUAAAAAUCUAAGAUUACAAUAUUAAAUCAAACCAAUAAAGAGCAUUUUAAUACAGAAAUGUGAGUAAAGAACAGUAUUUUUAUGAUCCCCCCCCCCCAAAAAAAAAGAUUAUGUAAUAUUUUGUAUUUCAACACAAAAAUCUAAAAAUGUUGCCUUUUUUUAUUUUUAUUUUUUUAUUUCUUGUUUAUCAUGAAAUUACCAAAACCAAUAUGGCCUCCUUGGUACUGGUAACCGGCCAAUGCCUACAAGCUGCGGGUGAAUGGAGGACAAAAGGAUGACCUCUUGAUCUCAAUCUGUGUGUGGGAACAUUGGGAUCAGGAAUCCCAGUCAGUGGGAACAUUUUUCUUUAAUGGUUAUAAACACUGCAGUCAGUCCAAGAUUCAUCAAGGUCAUGGCGCUGAUUUUCACCGUGCAGCUGUCGAAACUGAUUCGAUCAGCGUAACUCAAUUUUAAACACUCAUUCUCCACAGCCAGGCUUCCUUCAUCCCCUUACUUUGUCUGCAACCUUCAAGUGUCCUACGUUUAGUGUUUUCUUUCUCUUUCUUUCCUUUUUUUCAUAUUUUUUUUUAUUACGAUUCAGCUUCUGCUGUUUUGUGGGAAGGUUUCUUCGCCAUCUCUAAUCGCACGCUUCCCUCCAAACAAUCACCAUUUCCACAUGAGUGCACUUUGAAUAAGGAGACUCUGAGUCUUGUAUUGUGUCUUCCUCAAGUAUUUACUCCCACCGGUCAACCCUCUCUUUACUUUACCCAGGUAAACAAAACAAGUGCAGCCACAUCCAUCCUUACACAUUCUAGUUGCUGGUUCUUUUAGCUACCUAUGUUUUAUUUUUCUAUGUGUCUCAUUAAAGUGUAAUUUUUUUUUCCCUCCUGUUUUUUUUUUUUUUUUUUUUUCAGUAAGACUGUUGAAUGUCAUGCUCAGGAUCGUGAGUGCUAUACGCCGCCUUACUUUCCCAGGCCUUAUAACAAUGUUUUGCCAACAAUGUGUUUAUUUUUGUCUCCCUUCAUGUCUUCAGGUCCAGAGGAAUAGUUAAUUUGAUCCCAGUCUUUUUUGCCUUUUUUAUCAUACCGUUUUCUAAAGGCUGUCAGAUGUGUCUGUAAAAUAUAUGGCAUUUUACUGUAUAUAGCGGCAUUGCUCCCUCUUCUCCCGGUAAAUCACGGUAUGAUAAACUUUAGUGAAAGUACAGUAUAAAAAUGUAAUGGCAUAAUGUUUUAACCCGUUUAUUUAUAACAUAAGCGAGAAUUGGUUCCAGUUAGCAAGAGAAAGGUGUACCCCUUUCCUUUGUGGCCAGCUGACCGGCAGUGCAUAGAUUGUUCUCCUUUAUUUUCCACAUAACAACUAAAUGUGUUUUUAGUGACUGGAAAUAUUUCCAAGCUGCCAAAUAUGCGUUGCAGCCUUAUUUCAGCCAGCUGACUGGCAGUGUUCAGUACUCCCAGUCACACCAGCACUUUUCUUUUUAAAAAAAAACGAAAAAAACAACUUUAACCCAUAGGAACUGGAUGCCAGAAAACGUUAACGGAAUUGAACCGUAACUUUUUAAAAACUUUUGUAAAGCUACCUUGUUACCGUGAACCUGACCCAUGCCUACUCUUUGCUUUUUUUAUCUCUGCCCUUCAGCAGAGUUUGAAGACUGUCUUGUUGAUAUUCAAUAGGUGUUAAUAUUUUCUACUCUUAUCUGGAGACCUUCUGGUUUGUCCUCCACAUUGGUGUGUUUCUGCUUGCCGUCGCCGGCUGCAGACUGUUUAGAAGAACCCGUGUGCCAUUAUGGCAUCUUUCUGUUAAAUCAAGCAUUUCAGUGUGCAUUGAUGGAUAAUCCAGACACGACAGUCUCUCCCAGAAAAGGUUUUUUUUUUUUUUUUUCUUAAAAUGUGCUGCUAAUCUAUUCGUAUUUAAAAUAGUUUCAACCAGGUACAGAGUGACUCUAUUUGCUUUUUUUUUUUUUUUUUUUUUUUUUUAACUUGCUAAAAUAAUUAUCUGCUAAAGCCCCCCAUUUUCCUGGUUAUGCUGCUCUUAUGUCCGUUUGAGUGACGGGCGGUGCGGCUGGAUCACGGCGUGGUAUCGGAGUGUUGCGGAUCCACAGGUCGUGCCGCUGUUUGCAGAGUGAACAUGUUUAAAGUGCCCGUUUAUGAAUGUUUGUUUACCCUUGGAGCUGCUAAAGCACUUUUCUCUGUAUGUCUUGUGUGUGUGUGUGUGUAAGGAGGCUGAUAAGACAUCAUAGUCUUAUCUCUUGAUAACACACACCUACACACCCCCGAAAGCCCCUUUUACAGGUGUGUGUUACUGCCUUCAAAUAUUACUUUUUGCCCCCUUAUCUCCAUCCAAAGCCCAGUCUCCGGCCUAAACAGGGUCCGACACUUACACACUUUUACUCUCCACUACGCUUUAUUUUGUUUUGUUUCGUACGUUUUAAGAGCCUGAUUUUUGUAUAUGUUGUCAUUAUUAUGUUUUAGUAAUUUUUAAAAAUCUAAUUAUUAUUUUUGCUGUGCUUUUUUUUUUAAAACGUUUAUUUUGUUGUUCAUUUCCCGCCUUCUUGCUUCCCCUAUCUGAACAAUCAUCCACGCCUCUCAAGCAAUACUGCUGACGGGCACCAGAAACUAGCUGCUAGAGAGAGAGAGAGAGAGAGAGAAAGAGAGAGAGAAAUGGAAGAGCGAGCAAACAGUAGUAUAUGAGAAAGAGAGAGAGAGGUGGACUGGAGGCUGGUUCUUCGUCUGCUGUUCCUUCAGUAUCGUUAUUGUCCUGUUACAGAGAAAAGAUUAUUUUGAGAAUAUACGCAAAGAAAAAACAUCUAAGUUUUGUAAAUGAUCCUUCGCUGUUGAGGGAAGAAAACUAUCAGAAUAUACUUUGUCUAAUCUUGUAAAAAUGCAAAUGAAUACAUUUUAGAGAAAUCCGAAGCUACAUAUAUUCUGUCACCCUAUACUAAAUGUGUAAGGAACCGUUUUUGUUUUCCCUGUUUGUUUUUUUACAGACAGCAACCACGUUUAUCAGUGUUUCUUUGAAAUUGUUUUAGUAAGUAAAUAUUUUAUAGUUAAUCAAUAAACAGAUGGAACUGUA